GCUGAUCAUGACGAGAUGUCAGUUUCCUUUUUCUUUUUUACUUUCCGGUAACCCAUGCAUCCAGUUGAUGAUGAGGCUGCCGACAGCCCUAUCCGGAGAUGAAAGAGAAAGCCAGAGAUAGAGAGAGAAUGUACGGCGCACGGGGAUGGAUUGGGUUUUGGGAGGGAUACCCUCCCGCCCACGGAAACGUACAUACCAUGCAUAUCCUCUCUCUCUCUGCUUGCCUUAUUUCUUUCCGUUCCCUGAAACGAGCCAAUCCAGCCCACGACAACCUCCUCCUCCAGCCUCCUCGCGUAUAUAAGCCGCACGCCGCACGGACGCAGACAAGGCCGUGCGUUCCAAGCCGUUGCCUGCUCCAAGCCAUCGUGAUGGGAGAGGCCUGCGAUGCGGUGGUGAUCCAUGGCCUACGGCAAGGCGCAGCAGUGGAAGGAGACGACUGUGGCGGCGGCGGUUGGGAGUCCGUUGGGACGGGGUCGCCAGCCAGGACGAUGUCAAGCGGCUCGUCGUCGCUGUGCGCGUCGACGUCGAGCCUGACCGACGAAGACGACGUCAACGACGCCACGUCUGCCACGCCAGGCCGUCACGCCUCGUCGUCGUCGUCGUCGACCUCCUUGACGUCGUCGGAGCUAGACACCAUGCGGAUGGACGGUGCCGCCCGCGGGCCGCUCUACGAGCUGUCGACGAUGCUGUAUCACCUCCCCGCUCUCAGAACAGGGCUGUCCAAGCACUACCAGGGGAGGUCCCGGUCCUUCACGUCGCUAUCCGACGUCAGCUGCGUGGAAGACCUCGCGAAGAAGACCACCCCGUACAUCAGGAGGACGAAGGCGUCCAGAGGAUACACUGCAGCAUUGGGUGCGAAGAUCCGGUUGUUGAAGGUGAUAACCAAGAAGGCGCCGAGGGGUUCGACUGACCGCCUGACGUCAAGAGCAAGGAGCACAAGCCUCUUGCGCAGCAGCGGCAAACCACCUACACACCAGGGCAAGAGAGGUGUACAGAUGCUAGUUCAUGGCGAAAUGAAGGGUCUAGCAAAUGGGAUGAGAUGA